AUGGGUCUCCGGAAUUGGGUCAAACGACCAAUCAGAGGUCGUCAAUUUGGUGUCGAGGACUUGACCGCGGGUGGAAGCGGCAUUCCUGAAUCAAGGCGACGUCGGUGGACACUCGCGACAAUCGAUGCCGCUCCCUUCCAGGUAUGGGUUGUCAUAGUCGCCGGAAUCGGCUUCUUGACAGACGCCUUCGGCCUCUUCGCGUUGAACGUAGUCACCCCCAUGCUGGGAUACGUGUACUGGCCUCAUCAUCUCGAAGGUGGUGUACCGUCAGUACCUUCAUCUGUCAAGACUGCCAUGAUGUGCUCGACCCUAGUCGGUACAAUGCUCGGUCAAAUAGGCUUCGGCUUUGCUGCAGACCAACUCGGUCGACGAAAGAUGUACGGGCUCGAGCUGGUGAUCAUUAUCGUCGGUACAAUGUUGCUUCUCAUGAGUUCCAACGGCGAAAAGAACAGUAUGGCUAUCGGAGGUUGGGUGAUUCCCUGGCGGGCUAUUAUGGGAAUUGGCAUUGGCGCUGAUUAUCCCCUGAGUGCUGUCAUCACAGCCGAAUUUGCGCCUCGAAAACACCGGGCGCGAAUGCUGAGCUGGGUGUUUUUCGCUCAGCCCAUUGGACAACUGCUUGCAAACGUCCUGUCUUUCGCUGCAGUAGAGGCAUACAAACCAUGGAUUGAGAAGAACGCUCAAACCUGCCAACUGAAUGAUCUGGAGUGCUUCCGAGCUAUCGAUCGACUAUGGAGGCUGGUAGUAGGUAUAGGAAUUGUACCAGCUGUCAUAGCAUUGGCAUUCCGAUUCACUAUCCCAGAAAGCCCGAGGUACAAACUGGAUAUACUGCAGAACACGAAGAGUACCGUCGAAGAUACGGCUCACUAUUUUGGUGCCCCAGAACUUGAUUCUGAGCAUGGGGAGGCUGAGAUACUGCAUACUCCCACCAAUGCAGCCACACAAAGACCUAUCUCGAGGUGUUCGUCCAACUCUUCUGAGGGUGCGCUCAAUGACGUUAUCGAUAAUAACAGCGGGCCUGAACAUCGACUCAGUAAUAUAGACCUUCAUCGUAACGCGGCAACGCCAGCUUAUCUUCCACCGGGUGACCCCGAGUUUGUUCCUCCACUCGCUUCUUGGGCCGACGCAAAGAACUUAUUUAUCACUGAGAAGAACUGGCAGUAUCUUCUGGGCACAUCUCUGGCGUGGCUUUUCCUCGAUUUUGCGUUCUACGGAUUGGGACUCUCAUCGCCACAAAUCGUCAGUCAUAUCUGGCAGGGAGACGUUCAAGAUCCAUCAUCAGUAUACCAAUCACUGAGUGAUAACAGCAAACAUACGUUGAUCAUGGUCUCGAUCGGAACAGUUGUCGGUGGCUUGCUAAUGGUUAAGGUCGUCAAGUACGUCUCACCAAAAGUGAUCCAGUUCUGGGGAUUUCUGGUACUCUUCGUGCUCUUCAUUGUUACUGGAAGUGCUUGGACGAACCUGCUCGAUAGCGAUAGCAGCCGGUCCGGACUCAUCGUUCUUUACGCGCUCAGCCACAUCGCUUUCAACCUAGGACCGAACGUAACGACGUUUAUCAUACCUGCUGAGAUAUUUCCCACCAGAUACCGCUGUACUUGCCAUGGAAUCGCUGCUGCUAGCGGAAAACUGGGCUCUUGGAUCGUGCAGAUCUUCUUAGCUUAUGCGUUCCAAUCCGACAAAUCCAAGCCCGAGGACGAUUUCGAUUGGGAGCGUCAGAACUUCGGGCACAUCUUGCAGGUGAUGAGUGCUUUUAUGGUGGCUGGUGCAGUAACGACGUAUUUCCUGGUUCCAGAGACGAGGGACCACGAUAAUAAGAGCCGGACAUUGGAGGUAUUAGCAUGCGGGAAGAAGGUCAUCGAUGAAUUGAAUAAACAACGGAAAAGAGAGGACGAGGAAGACUGA